AGCUGCGAUUGUUGUUAGAGAGGCGGUGGUUACUUUUAGAAAGCAGCCUGUUUUCUUCACAGACUUUCUUCGCGACUACUCCUCCUUAGGAUUCAUGUAGAAGCCGCUAGCUGUCGCUUGUUGUAGAUAGUAAAACGUAAAGUUAACGCACCACUGCGAAAGCUCGCAGCAGCAUUUUUAGUUCCACUCACAUUUGAAACACACAAAACGUUUUAAAUGCAACGCUGUUUGAUAUAUGAGAAAACGAUGGCAGCCGAGACGAGGAACGGCGGGAGUUCACUGAACAACAAUAACUGCAAAGACCACCGCAGGAGAAAGUUGCUGGUCGGGGUGGAUCUCUUCUGCCUGUUUUUGGCCGGCCUGCCUUUCUUGGUCAUUGAGACCAGUGCUGUUCAGCCUUACCGUAGGGGGUUUUACUGCGAUGAUGAGUCCAUCAAGUACCCGGCCAAAAAUGGAGACACCAUUAGCGACGGUGUGCUUAGUGCUGCUGGCAUUCUUAUCACCAUCCUCUCUAUCAUCAUUGGAGAAAGCUACAGGAUCUACUUUCUGAACGAAGGAUCCAAGUCUUUUGUAGGGAACCCCUACAUUUCUGCUCUCUACAAGCAGGUUGGAGUGUUCGUCUUUGGUUGUGCCAUCAGUCAGUCCUUCACUGACAUUGCCAAAGUGUCAGUUGGCCGCAUGCGCCCACACUUCAUUGAUGUGUGCAAACCUGACUUCUCCACUAUCAACUGCUCCCUGGGCUACAUCACUGACUACCAGUGUCAGGGGCCAGAGAGCAAAGUUCAAGAGGCCAGGAAGUCUUUCUUCUCUGGACAUGCAUCAUUCUCAAUGUACACCAUGCUUUAUCUGGUGUUCUAUCUGCAGUCUCGCUUCACUUGGCAUGGAGCCCGCCUGCUGCGCCCUCUGACCCAGUUCACCCUCAUCAUGAUGUCUUUCUACACCGGCUUGUCCCGUGUCUCUGAUCACAAGCACCACCCGACUGAUGUCCUGGCGGGCUUUGUACAGGGAGCCCUGGUGGCUUACUGUAUAGUUUUCUUUGUGUCAGACUUGUUCAAGCCCAAAGGAAGACGUUCUACCUUACUGCCAACUCCAGUAAAGAAAGACCUUGUUCCUCCUGCAGACAUCAGAGAGCGAAGCAACCAUCUCAUCAUGGCAUAGAGAAGACUGCAAACUGAUUGUAUAUAACCCUGACCUGUGCCAUUCAAAUCACUACUAUAGCCACUGGUCAAUACUGGAUAAAAUGAACUCUAACAAUCUGGAUAACACAGACAAAUAUGGAAUCUUGAACAUCUCGACGGACGAGAGGAGGCUACGCAAGAACAGUCAAGCAAGUUAUGCUUUCUCAAUGGAAAGUUUCAUCUCUUUCCUCGGUCUCACAUCCCAAUGUGGAAAAAAGAGAGAACCAGGGAUGUUUGUCCCUCUUCUCCUUUUGUGAAAGAGAUCUUCCUUGUAGAUUCUCCUCUGUCAAGGCCUUUCCAUGGACUAAAGUCUGAAAUGAAACAAAACUGAGAAAUGGCAGCUGUAAACAAAGCUCUGUGUAGCUUUUGUGCCUUCUUCCCUCAGCUGUAUCCAGCAUGGGAGCUAUACUCAUAUUUCUGCCACUCGCUCACUGUGUGACUAAUGCAAAAAAAUCAUGAGGAGAAGGAAAAAAAACAACAAAUUCCUUGAUUUCAGGAAGGAUAUUGUUUGAGUUUGGUUUUAUUACAAACAUAAGCAUUUGUAUGUAUGCGUGAAAUAUAGCACUAUUUUAGCUAAACUCAGUACUGUUUGUCACCACUUGAAUGAUCCUGAAGUGAAGCUUUUGGAAAGCUUUGUAAGCUUUUAUUACGUCCAUAAUGUAGUGUUCCUUAGAAGGUGCACAUGAGUUACAGUAGGUGGAAAGUACAGUGAGGGCGUAUGUGUUGGAUGUGGGCCUCUUUCUGCUGGCUAGGACGAGCCCCCACUGAGCCAUUUAAUGAAAUGACUGUCUGUUAUAUGUACCAGACGAGUGCCCACAAGUGUUAGGUCAGAGUGUGUGAGAGUGUGUGAGCGUCGGGUGUGUCCCUUGCAUAUGCUCAUGUGUAUGUCUCUGUGUGUGUGUGUGUGUGUGUGUGUGUGUGUUUGGGUGAGGCCUUUCUGUGUGUGUGCGCCAGUGUGUUUAAUGUCAUGUCUAUAUAUUUCAGUGUUUAUAGCCUACAAGUGUGCCUCUCUCCAGCCAGAGAACAGGCACCUGCUCCAACAGACACAUGUAACUUGAGACUGGAACACUGUGGAAAAAAGCAUCAUAUACAGUACACAUAUUUUACUGUUACUAAUCAAAGUGAUUAUUCACAUCACUGAACAAUCCUGUGAUAUACUGUAUGCUAUACAGACAUUUAUAUACUUAAAAGCAAGACAGGGACAAGAGCAGUGGUUAGGUAUAGUAGCUUUUCAGUACCAAAGCACAAUAUAGCAAAAACAGUGAAAGAAACAACAUAUUAUUUUUGGCACAUUGUAACUGCUUAAUAUCUCAUAAAGUCUUGUAAAGUUACACAACAGGGCUGGCAAUGAGGCUGUGUAUUAUAAUAAUAGACGAAAAUCAUUACAUUGAAUUUUAAAGUAAUAAUCAUGCUAAUGUUUGCAUGAUAUUGAUGUAAUUAACUUUCUUAGCAAUAAUAAUAAUAAUAUUAAUACUUAAAACCACUGACUGAAAGAUGCAUCCUAAUUCAGUCUCAAGUCACUGAGACAAACUUUGAUCUGACGUUUAUAGGGAAACUAGUCCUGUUCUCUUUUCAUACAUGUCUUGAAAAUUACUAUAUAGUGCAUCAGAAAACUCUGCAUGCUAUCAUACAUUGUACAAUACUGUAUUGUGUAUACAUACAGUGUGUCUUUUGAAGAAACACCCACUAUGACUUUGUGUCGAGACCUGUGUAAAUGUAAAACGUGCUGCUUUAAGGCAAAGCUUGGCAGAUGUCAUCCAGUAAAGUUGACAACUUGUGAAUAUUGAGUUUUAUAAAAAAAAAAGUAAAGAAAAAGAGAAACAAAGCUCUCAUAGUAGACAGCUUCAGUACAAUUUUUUAUUAAAAAUGCCUUUCAAUAUUUUUGUAAUGUCAUGUGAAAUUUUGUACAAUAAAAGUGUAAGAUGUAUCAAAGAUAAAGUGACUUUAAUAAAACACAAAAGAUCAA